AUGGGUACAUUGCGAGCCGAGCUUGAACAGGAAACCGAACUGAAGGAUUUGCUGGAAGUGUCGGUGUCUGAGCUAAGAGCUACCGUAGCAGAACUGGAGAAGAGACUGCAUAGUGUAGAAAACGCAGAGAACGAGUGGCGGACCCGGCUCGAGACGCAGCAGGAGCUGAAUGGACAGCUCGAGCAGCAGAUCUGCCUCGUGCGGGAGAAGCUGGAGGACCUCCGCGGAAAUCCUGACGACCGUUUGUCCUCCAUACGGGGGUAUGAUGCGAUGCCAGUGGAUGCCCUGAAGCGGAUCCUGGAGCAGCUGACCCGGGACAAGGCCAGCCUCCAGAACCAGCUGACGGACUGCAGUCUGAGGAUCGCACAGGAGGCCAAGGCUGUGCCAGCCCUGGUGCCCGGCAGGAGGCUGCAGCAGAUGGCCAGGCCGCAGGAGGGGAAGGACAGCAGGAUGAAGAGAGGUCUUCCUGUGCAGACGUUUAAGAUGGCCGACGCUGAGCCUGUCAGAAAGCCUGCGAGAACAUCCACGACCUCCAGCCGGCUGCCGAGGUUGAAGCGUUGA